GGUAUUAACAAUGUGGAGGAGUUGGAAAGGAUAGAGGCGGAGGAGCAGGCUUGCAUUGCUGCUGGAGUUCGUUCUGUAGUUGCAGAGAAAUCUGCUGUGAUUGCUGAAGAUCCUUCUUUUGAGGGUUUUAACUGGAAUUCUGUGGAUAUAGGGAAUGCAGUGGUAAAUUGGUCGGGUUUUCUGAAGAGUGAGAUUCCCAAAGCUUCUGGGUUUCGGUUUGGGGCGGAGCAAUCGUCUUAG